CAAAUUCUUUUUAUCAAAAUGCGAGAAGAGCAACUCAGAAAAUGGCGAAUUAGGGAGGCUGAUCUAGCCAGCAUUGAAUUUGAAAAUCAGAGGAGGCAAGAUCGAAAUCAGAGGACCGAUUUUGAGGAUGAUAAGCAUCAUAGAGUCAAGUAUACUUUUUAGUAAAUUUUUUUAGAUAAGUUGGGGAAAGUGGGUAAUUGUUGGGAAAGGAAAAGGAGGGAAGUAAAUCUACUUGUGGGUGUUUUUGUUAGUCUUGGACAAUUGGGUUUUUUGCGAGUCGGGCCGACGUUCGAGUCAUUUUUUCAGGCCUCAUUUUUAUCAGACCGGCCCGACCGAGUCUUUUUCGGGCCAAAAUUCGAGGCACGACUCGAUCUUUCGGAUCGGGCCUCCAAUCCUAUCUUGGAGGCUUGGGUUUUUUGUUGGCCCUUCCUUGUUUCCAUCACUUUCUUGGUAAUUCAAUAGAGUCACAAAGCCGUAAUCAGCAUCAGAGCUUCAUCAAGAUUUCUCUUCUUUUCUAAGAAAUUUCAGUUCUUUUCUAGCCUUAAGUGGAAUAGAGAAAAUUUCUUUUCUCCCUUUAAGGCAAUCACGUAACAAAAAUUUUCGAUCAUUUUUGUGCAGCUCUUGUCCAGCAUCAUUUUUUACCUCUAGCAGGUUUCCUAUAUUUUUUGGUUUCUCAAAACUUGAGGGAUUUAUCGAAAAUUCAACAUAUGGGAUAAAAUGUCCACUUUUUUUAAAUAUCAUUUUUUCAGAUGGUUGAACGGUCGAGAUGGAAAUGUUUGGGUUUGGGUGAUGGGGGAGCACCCAAGUGACUUGAGCAUUGAGCAAAUUUUGGAGAAUGAGGCAAAAGAAAGGGCAAAAAAUUUGGCAGAGAAGGAGGAUAUCGAGAGGACAGAAGACAUUCAAAGUUUGAUUGACCAAGAAGAGGCUGCUCUUAAAUCUGAAUUGGCCAAAAUUGAUUUAAAUCAGAAUGGGACUGAUUCUGAGCUGGACAAUAAGACUGAUUCUUAUUCUCCCUAUGAUGAAUUACCCGAUGAAAGCAGCAUAAAUGAUGAUAUUCUUGAAAACAAUAUUGCAACAACUCGUUCAUUUGGCCAAAAAAUGAAUAAUUUAAUAGACUCUCGGCUUCAAAACAAUGGAUAUUUAACUAGUAAAAUGAUUAUGGCGGAUAAAACAAGUCUGUCUUUUCCAGAUUCAAAUGAAAUUUAUGAUAAUUUGGUUUCCCCGUCUCAUUCUGCUGCCAAUUUUGCCCCACAAAAUUCUUACGAUUUAAGAAGGCAAUCAACCUUUGACAAAUUAAAUGGCACCAAAAGAAUCGAUAUUAAACGAAAUGAGCGUUCUAUGCCUCCACCUAUACCUGAAAAACCUGCAAGUUUGCGAAGAACAAUUAGCAGCCAUAUGGGAAAUGAGACACGUUUUGUGGAGCGGAAUGAUGGGGAUGAACAAAAUUUGGAGUUUAACACAAUUCGAAGCUAUAUUCCACCGGAAGAAAUCGAAAAAAGACAAUCCAAAAUUUUUGAACAAUUAAAGGAACAAAGAGACAGAUUAGAACGUGAAGCAGAAAUGGAGGCUCGUCGAGAGCAGGCUGAAUAUGAAGAAAGGAAACGAAAAGCUCGAGAAGCAGAGGAAUCUGUUAGACGAAUUGCAGCACGAGCGAGGGAUCAACAUAGAAAGAAUAUGCGAACAUCAGAUGCACUUUUACCUCUCUUUAAAGAGAAGCCAACAUGUGCAAAUUCAAUAAGGGACGCUCUCAGAGCUUUGCCUAGACCUCCAAAACCUAAAAGUCGACGAGCAAUUUUAACUUGGUUUUGGAAUUCUGAAUUAGAACAAUGGAGAGGACAGUCACCGCCAAAGUGGUUUCAUGGAAUCAUUUCUCGAGAAGAAGCCGAAAAACUUUUAAUUGGCAAACAAACAGGAGCUUUUCUUGUACGAGUCACUGAGCGUAUUUUUGGAUAUACUGUCUCCUACAGAGCUGUGGAAGGAUUGAAAAAUUUUCUUGUUGAAAGAAUUGUUGAUGGAUACCAGUUUAUGGGUACAAACCAAUUGGUCCAUUCAACACUUGCUGAGCUUGUUUUUUAUUACCAAACACAUCCAAUAACUCUUAAAGGUAGUGAAGUAUUAAUUGAACCUGUUGGACAGGACAAAACACCUCCAGAUUAUGAGGAUCUUUUUCAACCUUUUGUUGAAUGACAU